AUAUAGCCCGUUUUCUAGUGCACCCGCAAAUCCCCACAGUCAAGGUCUCCGCUGAGGAAACUCGCGUACCCUACUGUUCUUAUCACCGUUUCCUUGUAAAAUCGAUAUCAAUUGGUUAAUCAUUUUUUGUCACCGGAACCCAUCUCUCUCUUCUGUUUAACUCGUGUUAUCAUCUCAAUUAUACUCUACCUGUCCUUUGUAGAACUCCUGUUUGUCGAUCAUGGCUUUAACUCUUCCAAUCGCUUCCUCUUCGUCUCCAUCUACUAGCAAUUCUCCUGCUUCAAUAGAGGGUUCUGUUCCCCCUCAAACUCCGAUUACUCCUGCCGCCGGCCAAACUCUCUCACUUCCGUUGGCAUCCUCCACAGAACAUAACAAUAACGUCCAAUCACAAAGUUCCAGCACAGCCUCAGCCAAUGGCGCUGUUACGCAGGUCAAACGAAAGCCCAGUCGCCGGGCCAAUACCGCGGAAAGGCGUGCUACUCACAACGCAGUCGAGAGACAGCGCAGAGAGACUCUCAAUGGCAGAUUCUUGGACCUUGCCGCGCUGCUUCCUAAUCUUUCGCAGAUCCGCAGACCUUCCAAGUCUGCGAUCGUUAACUCUUCGAUCGCUCACGUUCACGCGUCAAGGCGUCACCGCUUCCUAGCUUCGCGGGAGUUGCGGGCUCUGAAGCAAGAAUCUGAUGCCCUUCGCCGAGAGCUCAACGAAUGGCGUGAUCGUGCUGGUCUUCCCUAUGUGGAGGAGCCUGUUCGUGGAGAAGGCUUUUCCAUGGUCCUCAAUGGCGAAGUCGAAAUUGUUGCAACUAUCAUGGAAGAAGAUGAAGAAGGUCAGGCGUAUGACGGAUAUGAUGAGGGUGACGAUGAAUUCGCUGGUUCGAUGCCAAACAACAUGGACGACACUGAGGAUGUCAUGCCCUCUGCGCCGAUGGUCAAGAACGGCAUGUAUGCACAUGGGAAUAUGCCCCCCACUGACGUGAACAUCGCGCAUUUGAUGCCACGUGGCCCGCCCAACUCGCAGGGCGGUCCUAUGAUCGCUCAGAUGCAUUCUCCUGUUUCCUUCGAGAACCCGGAAAUGCCUUCAAUUUACGAACCUCGGGUGAAUUUUGCUGCAGCCCCUUACAUCGAACAACACCAUUCCGCUAUGGACCAACAUAACAUGAAAGCGUGGUCGAACAUGUACAACGCCUAUCACCCUCAACAUCCCCAACAACACGCGGUGCAGCGUAACUUAAUCACACCUCCCAAUGGCUCGCACAGCAUGGGAUCGUCGGCAACGACCGGACAUCACUUUGGGGACCAAGCGGCCCUUGCCAACCUCAAACGGCAGCAAAUGCUUGCGCUCCAACAGCAGCACGGUGCCAUGGGGUAUGUCGCCGAUGCUGACGACACAUCAUCCGUCGGAUCUGGUCACAGCAGCCCUGGGUCUGGAUACGGCUCACCAUCCCAUGGAGCUUCGUCUAUGGGCUACGAGAUUGCGAAUGCCCUCCCCGAUUAUGGUCUACCCAAAAGGCUGAGCCUGGGGAGCCUCCACAUCAACACUGGUAUCGCAGGGUCGUGGAGCGGCAGGGUCGAGGAUGGCAUGGGGUCCAUGAUGACGAAGCAAGGUUUGGGCGUCCCGAUAAACGUUGGCAAUGGCGGAGUAUAUGGCAUGAUGAUAUGAGGCCUAUGAGCUUUUAAGGCGUUACACACAAUUCCCGUGCCGUGCACGGACGCCUUGGGACUUCAGGACGAAGUAUCGCCUUCUCUUCUGCUUGCUAUGCUCUGACCGCAUCUUGUUGUCUACGUUUUGAUAACCCACUCCUCAUUUUGUCUCAGUGACCACUUGCUUGAUCAUUAUAAUUAUGCGUAGCUUCAUCGACUUGCACGCGUU